UUUCUCGUGACGUCUGCGGGGUCUCUUCAGCCAUGGAAAUCUAGCUACGGAGUGAAUCGAACUUGACUGGCAACAUGGCGAGCGCCUCAUACCACAUCUCCAAUUUGCUGGAGAAGAUGACAUCCAGCGAUAAAGAUUUCAGGUUUAUGGCCACCAAUGAUUUAAUGAGUGAACUACAGAAAGAUUCAAUCAAACUGGAUGAUGAUAGUGAGAGGAAGGUGGUGAAAAUGAUUUUGAAAUUACUGGAGGACAAAAAUGGAGAGGUUCAGAACUUGGCAGUCAAAUGUCUAGGUCCACUGGUCAGCAAAGUCAAAGAAUAUCAAGUUGAGACUAUUGUAGACACUCUCUGUACAAACAUGUUAUCUGAUAAAGAACAGCUUCGAGACAUCUCGAGCAUUGGUUUGAAGACUGUUAUUGGAGAGCUUCCUCCAGCUUCCAGUGGGUCUGCUUUGGCUGCUAAUGUUUGUAAAAAAAUUACUGGACGGCUGACAAGUGCAAUAGCUAAGCAGGAAGAUGUUUCUGUUCAGCUAGAAGCUUUGGACAUUAUGGCAGAUAUGCUGAGCAGGCAAGGGGGUCUGCUGGUAAAUUUCCACCCAUCAAUUCUGAGCUGCCUUCUUCCUCAGUUGACUAGUCCAAGACUUGCAGUGAGGAAACGAACCAUCAUUGCCCUUGGUCACCUAGUUAUGAGCUGCGGCAAUUUGGUAUUUGUAGAUCUUAUUGAGCACCUACUGGCAGAGCUUUCAAAGAAUGAUUCCAUGUCAACAACCAGAACUUACAUACAAUGUAUUGCCGCCAUCAGCAGACAGGCAGGCCAUAGAAUUGGUGAAUACCUGGAGAAGAUAAUUCCUUUGGUGGUAAAGUUCUGCAGUGUUGAUGAUGAUGAGCUUAGGGAAUACUGCAUUCAAGCUUUUGAAUCUUUUGUUAGGAGAUGCCCCAAGGAAGUAUAUGCUCAUGUAACUACAGUUAUAAAUAUUUGCCUUAAGUACUUGACUUAUGACCCAAAUUACAAUUAUGAUGAUGAAGAUGAAGACGAAAAUGCAAUGGAUGCUGAAGGGGUGGAUGAUGAAGAUCAAGGAAGUGAUGAUGAAUAUAGUGAUGACGAUGAUAUGAGCUGGAAGGUUCGUCGUGCUGGUGCCAAGUGUUUGGAUGCUGUUGUCAGCACUCGCCAUGAAAUGCUGCCAGAAUUCUACCGAACAGUCUCCCCUGCAUUAAUUUCCAGAUUCAAAGAAAGAGAAGAAAAUGUUAAGGCUGAUGUUUUUCAUGCAUACCUGUCUCUUCUGAAACAGACUCGUCCUAUUCAGAGUUGGCAUUGUGACCCCGAUGCCAUGGAUCAAGGAGAGACACCACUGACUAUGCUUCAGUCUCAGGUGCCUAGCAUAGUAAAAGCUCUUCAUAAACAAAUGAAAGAAAAGAGUGUGAAGACCCGCCAGUGCUGUUUUAACUUAUUAACAGAACUGGUUAAUGUCCUACCUGGAGCCCUGACACAACACAUUCCAGUUCUUGUCCCAGGGAUCAUUUUUUCACUAAAUGACAAAUCAAGUUCAUCUAAUCUGAAAAUAGAUGCAUUGUCAUGUUUACAUGUCAUUCUGUGCAACCACUCUCCUCAAGUCUUCCAUCCUCAUGUAGAAGCUCUAGUGCCUCCUGUUGUAGCCUGCGUAGGUGAUCCCUUUUAUAAGAUUACAUCAGAGGCAUUAUUGGUAACUCAACAACUGGUGAAAGUUAUUCGUCCCUUGGAUCAACCUUCUUCCUUUGAUGCUAGUCCAUAUAUCAAUGACCUGUUUACUUGCACGAUCAAAAGGCUUAAAGCUGCUGACAUUGAUCAAGAAGUUAAAGAAAGGGCUAUUUCUUGCAUGGGCCAAAUCAUUUGUAACCUUGGGAACAAUCUUGGUAGUGAUUUACCUAGUACAUUGCAGAUUUUUCUGGAAAGGUUAAAGAAUGAAAUCACUAGACUGACAACAGUGAAGGCUCUAACACUGAUUUCUGGAUCUCCCCUUAAGAUAGAUCUAAGACCUGUUUUAGGUGAAGGGGUCCCUAUUCUUGCUUCCUUUCUUCGAAAAAACCAGCGUGCAUUGAAGCUUUGCACACUUUCUGCACUGGAUAUCAUAAUUAAAAAUUAUGAUGAUAGCCUAACACCUGCCAUGAUUGCUUCUGUGCUUGAAGAACUUCCUCCACUCAUUAGUGAAAGUGAUAUGCAUGUUUCUCAGAUGGCCAUCAGUUUUCUUACCACACUAGCUAAAGUGCAUCCGUCUUCUCUGUCAAAAAUAAGUGGUUCAAUUCUUAGUGAACUUAUUGGCCUUGUACGAUCACCACUUUUGCAGGGAGGUGCACUUAGUGCUAUGCUAGAUUUUUUCCAAGCCCUUGUUGUAACUGGAACAACCAGUUUAGGAUACAUGGACUUAUUGCGCAUGUUGACUGGUCCAGUAUAUUCUCAGAACACAACACUCACUCACAAGCAGUCUUAUUAUUCCAUUGCCAAGUGUGUAGCAGCCCUUACACGAGCCUGUCCUAAAGAGGGUCCAGCAGUAGUUGGCCAGUUUAUACAAGAUGUUAAGAAUUCCAGAUCCACAGAUUCUAUUCGUCUCUUGGCUUUACUUUCUCUUGGGGAGGUUGGACACCAUAUUGACCUUAGUGGCCAGCCAGAGCUAAAGUCUGUCAUAUUGGAAGCAUUUUCAUCCCCAAGUGAAGAAGUUAAAUCUGCUGCUUCAUAUGCAUUGGGAAGUAUAAGUGUUGGCAAUCUUCCUGAAUAUCUACCUUUUGUCUUACAAGAGAUUACAAGUCAGCCAAAAAGACAAUAUCUUCUUUUGCAUUCCCUGAAAGAGAUUAUUAGCUCUGCAUCUGUCUCAGGACUCAAGCCCUAUGUAGAGAACAUCUGGUCUUUGUUGUUGAAGCACUGUGAAUGUGCUGAAGAAGGAACUAGAAAUGUUGUUGCAGAAUGUUUGGGCAAGCUUACAUUAAUUGAUCCAGAAACACUGUUGCCACGGCUAAAGAGUUACUUGGCAUCCGGUUCUUCAUAUGCACGCAGCUCCGUGGUUACUGCAGUAAAGUUUACAAUUUCAGAUCAUCCACAACCUAUAGAUCCUCUGCUGAAGAACUGUAUUGGUGAUUUUCUGAAGACACUAGAAGAUCCUGACCUAAAUGUGCGAAGAGUGGCUUUGGUCACCUUUAAUUCUGCUGCACACAAUAAGCCUUCGUUAAUAAGGGAUCUGUUAGAUGCUGUUCUUCCACACCUCUACAAUGAAACUAAAGUCAGAAAAGAACUAAUAAGAGAGGUGGAAAUGGGGCCAUUUAAGCACACAGUUGAUGAUGGUUUAGACAUCAGAAAGGCAGCUUUUGAAUGCAUGUACACACUGUUAGACAGCUGUCUUGAUCGACUUGAUAUUUUUGAAUUUCUUAACCAUGUUGAAGAUGGGUUGAAGGACCAUUAUGACAUAAAGAUGCUUACAUUCCUGAUGCUGGUACGGUUAUCAUCACUUUGUCCAAGUGCAGUUCUGCAAAGGCUGGAUAGACUUGUAGAACCUCUUCGUGCCACAUGUACAACAAAGGUAAAAGCUAACUCAGUGAAGCAGGAGUUUGAGAAGCAAGAUGAACUGAAGCGGUCUGCCAUGAGAGCUGUGGCAGCACUUCUAACCAUUCCUGAUGCAGAGAAGAGUUCACUAAUGAAUGAAUUCCAGUCGCAAAUCAGUUCCAACCCAGAACUGUCAGCUAUCUUUGAAAGUAUACAGAAAGACUCAUCCUCAACUAGUUUGGAGUCAAUGGACACUAGCUAAAAUAGUUUCUUCCAAAAGUGGACUUUCCUAUUGUACCAUGCACUGCACUGAAAUUACAUUCUGAAUUUAAGCAAAAACAAAACAAAAAAGUCGAUGCUUCAGGCUGAUCAUUCAGUUCGACUUCAGUUACCGUGCUGGAGAUUGACCGUUUUGAAUUUUGCUCAUUGUUGCUUUUGUAGUGUUCAUUACAUAAACUUCUUGAAAAUGCAAGAAUAUUUCCUUUAAUCGAAGACUGGGGAACAGCUGAACGACCAUCACCAUUAUAUCCAGUAAAGCAGUUCUAGUCAAGAAUUUUUGUGUUUUGGGAUUUAUAGCCUUAAACACGCACACACACACACACACACACACACACACACACACACACACACAGCCUUGUAAGGAUUACAGUUAACUUCAGCCAUGAAUAUUCAGUUUCAUUCCUUAUUUUAAUGAUUUGUCUACAUUCAGAAGUGAUUGAAAGAAAUAUUGGCGGCUAACAAAGAUAGUAUCUUGUGUAAGAUUUAUUCACAUUAAAGAUGGUGUGAUCUAGUUAA